GUUUCACAUACACCAGCUCUAGAGAGUGUGGCAUCCCUUUUUAUCCCAAAGAAAAGCGGGGAAAGGAAAGGGGUAUUGUGUGUGUUAGGCUGGCCCACAUCGCCUUUGUGUCCCAUAUGCACUUCUGCAGACUGAUCAGCUGCAGAAAACCGGCUGAGCCAAAGCCUCUCUCUCUCUGCCACCCCCUUCACAACUCAGAAAGGAUUCCUUUCUUCUUGCACAACCCAAAAGGCACCACACCCUUAUUGCUCACACAAAAAUAAGGCAGCUCCGUACAGUGCAAUGAGCCUGGCUUUUUUGGCGCUUCCCUAUGCAGGACAGGGAGAAAGUUUUAUGGCAUAAACCCUAAAGGUACGGGGUCCUGCCUCCUGGGAGACUUCCCAGCUUUUCUCUGGGCAAAGUUGGCAAGGAAGAUCAAGGACGAUUCUGAGUUGGUUCAAGUGAGCAGGACCUUCACAGACUUCUGUCACCAUGGACUGGAAGACCCUACAGGGCCUGCUGAGCGGGGUGAACAAAUACUCCACUGCUUUCGGGCGCAUCUGGCUCUCCGUUGUCUUUGUCUUCCGAGUCCUGGUUUAUGUGGUGGCUGCUGAGCGAGUGUGGGGGGAUGAGCAGAAGGAGUUUGAUUGCAACCACCGUCAGCCCGGAUGCACCAACGUCUGUUUUGACCACUUCUUCCCCAUCUCCCACACCCGGCUGUGGGCCCUACAGCUUAUCUUCGUCACCUGCCCUUCGCUGCUGGUUAUAAUGCACGUGGCCUACCGCGAGGACAGGGAGAGGAAAAACCGGUUAAAGAAUGGAGAGAACUGCCCCAGACUCUACAGUGACACUGGCAAGAAACAUGGUGGCCUCUGGUGGACUUACGUUCUCACCCUCUUCUUCAAGUUGGCUAUCGAGAUCGUCUUUCUCUACCUCCUGCAUAGGAUAUGGGAGAGCUUUGACAUGCCCAAGCUGGUCAAGUGCGAUCUGAAGCCUUGCCCCAAUGUAGUGGACUGCUACAUCGCUCGGCCGACGGAGAAGAAGAUUUUCACCUACUUCAUGGUUGGGGCUUCUGCUUUCUGCAUCGUCCUCAUUGUCUGCGAGAUUGUCUACCUCAUCUGCAAGCGGGUGUUCCGCUCAAUACAGAAGUGCCAGAAGAAGAAGAGGUCGCUCACCUACAGCAAGGCAUCCACCUGCCAGUGCCAUGCGAGACUGGACCAACCGCAUUAUGGGAAAGGGAAGCACACACACGUGGAGGCCCUCAGAGCCUCUGCACCUAACCUGACUUUGAUCUGAGGCAGCGUGAAAGGACAGAUCCAAAAUGGCCGGCUGCCAUUUGGAUUAUUUCAUUGCGACACACAAGUGGCUUUUGAGGAACAUGGGGCAAAGAAGGGUGAUUUGAAACAGAAGUCUUCCUUCUACAGUACAUUGUGUGGCCACCAAAGUUUUCCUCAAAGGGGAAGCACCAUCGUAUUUUGUUGAGGCCUAAAGGCAAAGCCUCCUGGCCUGUUUACAUGUUUUUACUAAACUUAAGACGCAUGGUCAAAGCACACACAACACAAGAUGUUGACUUGUACAAUCCCUGGAAGAAGUUGCAGCCCUUUAGAUCAUAACAUCUGCUCUUUCUCAGAAGAGAUGAUAAUAUGGGCAGUUGGCUAAGGGAGCCACGUAUGUGAAACAUCUGUUAUGGUCUCCAGAAAACGCCUAGCAAUUAAUGACUUACAGCUCUGAUUCUUUCCUCUGACUCAUUAAAAUGUUUAUAGAGUGUUGCAGAAUCAAUGAAAGGGGGGUGGGCAACUGUUUAGUUAAUGCUGUCCAAAAACAAAUGAUUAGAUGGAAAGGUUGGUUUCAGUUGAACGAAAUUCAAAGUUAAUUUGGAGGUUUCACUUCAGGCAGAAUAACUCAGCAAAUUCAAGGAAAUCAAAGAAAAAAAUUCAAGUUGGGGGGAAGGCGUUUGCACCGUCUAUAGGUGUGUUUACACGAACAAAGGGGCACAGCCUUAGAUAUCUCUGUAUAGUAGCUUUUUCCAAUCUGCUGUAUUCCAGAUCAUGUUCAAUUCCCAGCCCCAAACAUAAUGGCCAAUAAUCAGGGAUGGUGGGAGUUGUUGUUCAAGAACAUCUGAAGAGCACCUGCUUUGGGAAAGCUUGCUGUAGGGGUUAGCCAAGAACAGAUGCUUUCAUGAUGUCCUGUUUACACCAGCCUCCUCAACCCCAGUGUCUCCAGAUGCUGAGAGACUACAGCUCUUAACCCUCCUGGUCAUUGGCCAUGUUUCCCAGGCCUAAUGGGGGAGGGGGCACAUGAUUGGGGGGAACUGGUUACACACUCCUUACCAGACCUUUCCCCAAAGAAAGGGUUGUGCCCAGUGAAGUUCUGUGAGAAUAAUACAAGGACUCUGGCACUUUCCAGAGAGGAAGCCAUCUUCCUUCCUGUACCAGACUGAGGCACCCUGCAAAAGAAGCUUUAUUCUGGUAGCGGAUGGACUUGCCCCCGAAAUCCUGCCUAACAUGACAUUCCAAAUUGGUUUGAGGGUUCUACUUUGACGGAGACCUCUGAAGACUUUCAUCGGAAGCCAAAAAGAGUUGUAAUAUCCCUCAUUGGUGGGGUGGACAUUGGCUUAAAGCCUGAAGCUUCAACCAGAUCAGGUUGAAAGCAAAUUUCUAAAUGAGAUUGGAGGUUCCCCAUAUGCAAAAGAAACUAUAUAAGGGAUUCUGAGGCUGUUGAUGAACUAGAGCCGUUUCUCAGGUGGGCUUCCUAUCUCUUUUGUAAGAGUUCUGUACUGCUCGGCAAUUAUAAGGUGAUCAUUUAUGCACUACCAAAAAAAAAGACGAAAGAAGGAAGUGCUUUACAUAAAAUUUGCACAUGUUAAUGUAUAUAUAUGUGUGUGUGUGUGUGUGUAAAGGCACAUUUGUAAAUAAUUGCUAUACUUCAAGUAGAUAUGCAAUACAUCCCAUAAAAGUGGGGAAGACCAUUACCAGGUGGCCUGUAUGUUCCUGCUCAGCCUGCUGUCCAGGUACUGACUGUUGAUGGGCAAUUUCAAGACCCCUCCUGCUGUCCCGUCUUAGAGGUCUUUAAAUUUAAAUUUAAACCAGACAACCCUUUAAACAGAGAGUGUCCUCUGGAAAAUAGGGCAUAUGGCCACCCUUAUUUGGCAACAUCUCACAGAGUGGGAGUUGUAGCACACUGGAGAGUUCUUUAGCUGAAGCAACUGUUUACGUAAACAGGGUGUGAGGCAGAACUGACCUCAUUCAACAAGCUGUGCAGGUUUGACACGGCGCUCUGGAGGGGCAAGGACUUUGCAAGGGAGAGAGAGGGGCCCACCAUUAGAGAAAAAUGCCCAACAAUUAGGGGUUCUCAUUUCCCUCAGUAAAAAGCUAUCAUGCAGCACAAUGCUGAGCAUGUUUACUUAGAAGGGAAGAUUGCUGAGUUCAGUGGGGCAACGUUAGAACUGCUGGCUUGGACUGUGAGCUGAAAAAUGCCUACUUCAAAAAUCUCUUGUUCACCACAAGGAAUCUUCCUUUCUCUCUCAGCCUCAGGCUUAUGUCUGCAAAAUACCUGGCAGGUGGGACUUCAGGGCCAAACAACAUUACUCAGCUAAUGCAUAUGAAGUUCUUUAAUAAUAAGGAAGAAUCAAGUGAACAUUUGCUUCAGUGUUCUGCUGCAAGAGUUACCGUAUUUUUCCGUCUAUAAGACUAUAAUGUCAAAAAUUAGGGGGGUGCCUUAUACACAGAUAUAGGUAAAGGGACCCCUGACCAUUAGGUCCAGUCAUGGACGACUCUGGGGUUGCCGGGCUCAUCUCACGUUAUUGGCCGAGGGAGCCAGCAUACAGCUUCCGGGUCAUGUGGCCAGCAUGACUAAGCCGCUUCUGGCGAACCAGAGCAGUGCACAGAAACGCCAUUUACCGUUUACACAGAUAUAUCUCCCCCCAUUUUCUUAAAUCUGAGUCCCCCCAAAUAGGGGGCGUCUUAUACAUGGGGUGUCUUAUGGACGGAAAAAUACGGUAUUAUGACCCAUGGGGGUCCUUCAGCAUCACGUGAAUUCAACAUCCUUUGGUGAACCAUCCUUGAGAACCCAACCUAAGUUUCUCGGGCUCAGUCAGAGCAUCGACCCACCUAACUCAGUAUUUCCUACUGACUGGAAGUGGCUGUCCAGGGUUUCAGGCAAGGUGCUCUCCCAGGCCUACCCAGAGAUACCAGGUAUUGAACCUGGGACCCUCUGCGUGUAAAUCUGAUGCUCUGACACUGAGCUAUGAUCCUUCUGUAGGUUUUUACCAGGAUUUGCCAAGUUUGGACCUGCAGCCUUGCCUGUGCAUGCAAAAUAGCCAUACCAUCCUUCUCAGCAGGAGGUAGGAUGGGCAUGCAAAAUCGCUUGGGUGCCAUCCUACAAGCUGUUGCGGGUUGCCCCAUCUAACAAUUUACUUGUGGGACAGGAGCUAUCCUGACAAAAUGACUUUCCACAGGGAGCUGACUCCUGCUGAGUCAGACUAUUAGUCCACUUAGCCUAAUGCUGUAUGGCUGACUGAAGGUUUCCAAAGAUUGCAGGUAGGGAUAUUUCCAAAGCCUAUUAAAUGAGAUCGUUGGGCUGGAGACGCCCUGAAACCUUGUGCAUGUGAAGCACACACUCUGCUUCUUGUGGCAGAGUUGUGGCUGUCCCUCAAAGAGAGAGCCCCAGGGCUCUCGUGUGUCUGGCCUGAGAUGGUCUUUAGACAACCCUGGUUUAUUAGCACCAUGCUUUGACCAUCCACACCUGUUGGCCAGUUGAUCAUGAGGGGAGCAAAGAAAUUGGGCGCAACUAACUUUGUUCAAGCCAUGCAAUUUCAUGCUUGAAAUCCAGGGGCAGGGGAAGUUUCAUUCCAAGGGCUGCAUUCCUGUGCGGAGAACCUUCCAGGGCCUGGCAUGCUAGUGGUGGGUGGGCAGGGCCAGAGCUAAAGGAGGGUGAAGUGGUGGGUGUGACUCUUAACUUUGUGGGGAAUGCACAAUCCAGCCAUACAAAAGUCAGAGGUUUACACACACAUACACACACACCUCUAUACCUCACCAUCUGGGGAAGCAAGAAGCAAAUCACAGUUCAAGGACAUAUUCCAACAGACAAAAGCACUUGAGGCAGGCAGCCACAGGGCUGGUGGAGGGUGUGACCUAGAAGGGGGGCAUAGCCUGGGAAAAGGCUUGGGGGCCAGAGAAAGAGGCCUGGAGGGCCUCAUUUGGCCCGCAAACCUGAGGUUCUCAACCCCAGCUGUAAACGUUCAGAACUCCACUGUGAAUGCUGCAUCCAACAUCCAAGAAGGUAUGCCGGGGCACUUAAUUGUCAGAAAUCAAAUAUUAUUACGGUUCCAGGACAAAACAGAGCUGAAAAGCAUUUUAAUGCUGAACAAUUGCCUUCAUGGCAAUCAAGCGCAUCAGCAUCCAGAUAUUUCUAGUGCAGCUUGACAGCUUCUCUGUGAGACCUUUUCUUGUGGCUGACCUUUAACGAGGGCAGUCUUUUUUUAAAAAAAUUACUCACAAAAUAUUCACAACGGGGUAGGAAGCUAGAAUUCAGCAGGAUAACACGGGAGCUAAUGGAGGGGGGGGGAGCAGUAAUAAUGUCACUCACAGUUCUGAGUGCAGCUCAAAUCUGAAACCGACCAUCCUCAGUAGACUAAAUUCAAUUUAAAAAAAAGACAUUUUGCAGCAGCAGAAACAACAACAAAAGUUAGAAAAGGGGGGAUUGAGGUGCCUCCAUUGCAGAUGGUGAGAAAUGGUUGGAGAAUUUCUCCACCCUCCAAGAUUAUUCAGUGGAAUUAUCCUUCCAAUUCUUCUGCCAGCAAGUAGGGCAGAAAACUUCAGAAGUCCCUUUUCACUCAGCUCUAGGCCACAGGGUCAGCAGAUGGGGAAGGAGGAGAAGGAUCCUGCAAUUUUAAUUGCUAUGUAGAAGAGGAAAUGCCAACAAGUCUUUCUUCCCAUUAAAGGUGCAGGAGCUGUGUAUCUGGCCACCUUCACUAGACUUUGAUGGAGGGGAUUUAAACAAGGAAAGGUUUUCAUACCACUUGCAUCUAGUUAUGGGGAGAAAGCUUCACCUGCAACAUUUCUGCAAGUUUGGCUGCUGUUAAAGGUUCCAGCACAACCAGGAAGAAAAGCAAGUGAUUUUUGUGCUCUGUUGCCCUGCAAAUAGGGUAGGCAACUGCAAAAGAGGACAGUGUUCCUGUAGUCUUAAUUUCUAUGUAUAACUUCAUGCCAGGCACACCGCCUGAUAGCCCCUCGACAAUCCAGCUAUUGAAGGUACA